GAUUUUGAAGUGGCCGAGCGCGAUGCCAUAUCCAGGAACCUCGGCAUCUUGAGCGGCUCCAAGGGCAUGGACGUCAUCGCCACGUAUUCUGCAAUGGUCACCAGUUUCAGGCACGAUGCCUGGCACGAGCUCGUGGGCCUCCCGACGGGCAAG